AUGGAGCGGCAUGUGAAUGGAGCUAUGGCCGAGAAGCCAAAUCCCGUGGACUACGGGGUUCAGAUCCGAUUCAUAGAUGACCUGAAGGAAAUGAAGAAGCCCCAGAAGAUCAGGCCCAAGCACUCCAAGGCAGGCUCCUAUGGGGUCGCGGUGAGGGUCCAGGGUAUCGACGGGCAGCCCUUUGUGGUCCUGAACAGCGGGGCGAAAGGAGAGGACUCCUUCGGGGUGCAGAUCAAAAGCGAGAGUAAAUACGGGAACCCCGCUCCCAGCCAGUGGCCUGAGCAGCUGCCCCCCAACUCCCUCAGGGAAGGCCCGGGCUCCAUCAGCUCUGAUUCUGAGCUGCCGGAAAGCCGGUACGUGGCCAGACAUUCCCAGUAUAACUCCCAGUACAGCACCUCUGACGAGGAGCUGGGCUCCCAGCGCUACCCGAGGGAGACGAGGCCUGUCAGAGCUGAGGCAGCUCAUUCCUACCGCAGGGAUGGCUCCUCGUCCCCUCAGGGCAGCUCCAGACAGCUGCCACCCCAGAGGCCUUUUGGGGAGGAGCUGAGGAGGACUCAAUCUCACAGCUCUCUGUUAAGCCCCAAUUCCGAGGAGGGCUAUGGCCCAAGCCCCCUCAGCAUGCAGAGCGGGGGCACAUACCGAUCCCAGGCUCCAGCCAGUGCCAAGAGCAGCAGCACGCUGGACAUUGCAGGCAGGAAAAGGACUGACCCCGGCCAGGAAUCCCGUGCAGCUUCUGGACAAAGGUUUGUAGGCAAGCAGCCAUCACCAGACCCAGAGUCCUCCGGGCCUCGGCAGCCAGCUGACCAAAGUGACAUUGACACGAAGCCGCUGUCCUCGGUGGAUUCCCUGAUCACGAAGUUCGAUGGGAAGGUUCAGCAGAGGGGCCGAGCCGUCAGGAGAAGCCGGAUCUCCCUGGAGGAGAGGAAGCGGUCGCAGAGUCUCGACAGCAGGGUGUCCUACCACGACACGGCCGAUGCCAGAGAGCUGAGCUCCGUCCAGCUCCAGGAUCGCCUCAGGGAAGGGCCGAAGGGCCUGGCCGCCAAACAGCCUGGUGCGGCCAAUGCGCCUCGCACCGGCAGCCUGAACCGAGCGCUCCGGGAAGAUCUGAAGGAAAACUCAGUCAAGGCCCAGCUGACGCGAGACUGGAGCCAUAAAAGCUUGGAGGAGCCUGUCGUUGAGCAGCAGCAAAGUCAAGUGCAAUCAGAACUGCAGCAGCUUAAGUCCACUCCAGACCUUCUGAAAGACCAGCAGGAAGUCUCUCCGCCUGGGAGCAGCGAGUACACCAAGGAACUGAUUUACAGCAUCCUGAAGGAUGGGAGCAAAGAAAGUGAAAGCUCGCUGAAGAGAAAAACCAACCUGAUGUUUGAGAAGAUCCAAGCGCUCGCUGUGGUGCCUCCUGAGGACGCGAGAGCAUCUGUUUCCCAGAACAGUGAGCUGAAGAGGAAGGUGGAGGAGCUGCAGCAGAAACUAGAUGAAGAGACCAAGCUCCGCCGGAAAGCAGAGCAGGCCAGGAGCGGUGCUGCUCGGAACCUGGAGAGCCGGCUGGAGGAGGCGCAGGACGAGUGCAGGCGCCUCAAGGGGGCCUUGGAGAAGACGACCCAGGAGCUGAAAAGCCGUUUGCAAGAGCUGAUGGAAGUGAAAGUUGCCAGAGAGCAGGCAGAGGACAAACUGGGAGACGUGGAAGAGCAGCUAAUGGGGAUGCAUGAGGAGCUGGACAGGCUGCGGAAAACCUCGGUGGACUCUGCAGACAGAGACGAGCUCAUGAAGGAGCUGCUGGAAACCAGAGAGGAGCUGGAGGAGAUCCUCCACGCCAAACAGAAGCAAGAAGAACAGCUGCGGCUGCGGGAGCGGGAGCUGACGGCGCUGAAAGGAGCCCUGAAGGAGGAGGUGGCGAAUCACGACAAGGAGCUGGACCGGGUGACACAGCAGUACCAGAGCGACAUGGACCAGCUGAGGCGAAACAUGGAGGACGUGUCUCAGGACCAAGCCAGUCUAGAGAUCGAGAGGCAGAAAAUCAACUCGAUCGUGAGGAACCUCCAGAAGGAGCUGGAGGAGAGCAACGAGGAAACCAGCCACUGGAGGGAGAUGUUCCAGAAGAACAAGGAGGAGCUGCGCAGCACCAAACAGGAGCUCAUGCAAGUGAAACAGGAGCGGGAGGAGUUUGAGGAGGAGCUGCGGGAGCUGCGGGAGCGGUUCUCGGCCAUGCGGGUGGAAGUGGACCAGGUCAGGAACAGCACCGUGGAUGCCAGCCAAGCAGAAGCCCUGAAGAAGGAGCUGCGUCAAGCCCAAGAGGAGCUGAGGGAGCUGGCUUCAGAGAAGCAGGCCCAGGCCGAGCUGGUCCACCAGAGGGAGCGGGAGCUGGCCGCCCUGAAGGGGGCGCUCCAAGAAGAGGUGGCCAGCCGUGACACGGAGGUAGAGCAGCUGAAGCAGCAGUUCCAGAAGAACUUGCAGCAGCUCAGGAAGGACUACGACGAAGCUGCCAAGGUGAAGGUGGCCGUGGAGAGCGAGAAGGAGGCCACGGAGCAGAUGAGGAAGGCCGUGGAGUCUGCUCUGCGGGAGACGCAAGAGGAGAACGACGACUUGAGGAGGAAGAUCCUGGGCCUGGAGAUGCAGGUCAAGGAGUACAGGCACUUCUCCGAGAACUGGGAGGGCUCGGAGGCCAGGCUCCGGGAGAAGAUCGGCAAGCUGGAGGCUGAUCGCAGACAGAUGGAGGAAUCCUUGGAGGAGGCGGUGGAGCAGGAGCAGGAGCUGCUGAUGGCCAAGAGGUCUCUGGAGAGCCGCCUGGAAGAGGCCCAGAGGAGUCUCAGCCGGCUGUCUCAGGAGCACCAGGUGCUGAACUCCUCGCACCAGGAGGAGAUGAAGCAGAAGGAGCAGCUGAGGAGGACCAAGAAUGAGCUGGAGGAGCAGAAGAGGCUGCUGGAUAAGACCACCGAGAAGCUGACCAGAGAGCUGGACCAGAUGGCCCAGGAGUCCCACCGCUCACUGGCCAUGCUGCAGUCGCAGCUGGAGGAGUACAAGGAGAAGUCACGGAAGGAGAUUGCAGAUUCCCAGAAGCAGGCCAAGGACCGCAGUGCAGAGGUGGAGAAGAUGCAGUUCACCAUGGGCCGGCUGCAGGACGAGAUCACGCGGCUGAAGCAAGCACUGCAGGACAGCCAGGCCGAGCGGGAAAGCGCCAUGCUGGAUAAGGAGGUGCUGGCCCAGCGCCUGCAGAACCUGGAGCAGGAGGUGGAGUCCAAGAAACGCUCCCAGGACGAUCGCUCUCGGCAGGUCAAAGCGCUGGAGGAGAAAUCCAAGCGCCUCGAGGUGGAACUGGACGAGGAGAGGAACACGGUGGAGCUGUUGACUGACCGGAUUAACCGCGGCAGAGACCAGAUUGACCAGCUGCGUGCGGAGCUGCUGCAGGAGCGCUCCAGCCGGCAGGACCUGGAGUGCGACAAGAUCUCCCUGGAGAGGCAGAACAAAGACUUGAAAAGCCGACUGGCCAGCUCGGAAGGCUUGCAGAAACCGAGCGCCAGUUUCUCUCAGCUGGAGUCGCGGAUCCAGGAACUGCAGGAUAAGCUUCAGGCAGAAGAGAGGGAGAAGAAUGUCAUGGUGUCCUCGAAUCGCAAACUGGAAAGGAAAGUGAAGGAGCUGACGAUCCAGAUCGAUGACGAACGACAGCAUGUGAAUGACCAGAAGGACCAGCUGAGCCUACGCGUCAAGGCGCUCAAGCGCCAGAUGGACGAGGCCGAGGAGGAGAUCGAGCGCCUGGAAAGCGCCAGGAAGAAAGCGCAGCGGGAGCUGGAGGAGCAGCACGAACUCAACGAGCAGCUACAGAAUCGCGUCAAGGCCCUGGAGAAGGAGGCCUGGCGCAAGGCCACCCGCUCGGCCGCAGAGGCCUCCUUGGAAGACGACCGCUUGAGCUCAGAUGAGGAGUUCGACAGCGCUUACGGCCCAUCCUCCAUCGCCUCACUGCUGACGGAGGGGAACCUGCAGACCAGCUCAUGUUAG